AUGGACAAGUCAUCAUCUCAGAUCGGGGAAGAUGGGCUAAGUUCCAGUGACUCCCACUUCCAGUCUGCCAAAACCUCAAAACGGCUGAAUCAAAUUGACCAUGUUCGCCAAUUAGGGAUUGGCGAUCAUAUUUCACUGCCACAGCUCGUAGUAUGUGGUGAUCAAUCCGCAGGCAAAAGCUCAGUUCUCGAAGGCAUCAGUGGGUACCCUUUUCCUCGACAAGAUGGUUUAUGCACACGGUUUCCUACUGAGAUCAUCCUUCGUCACGAUAUUCAGAUAAACAUGAUGACGGCUAGCGUUCUCCCAAGCGCAUCACGCUCAGUCAAGGAAAAGAUCGAUGCAUCCCGUUUGAUGGGUAUUCGCGGCUUCAGUGACGAUGUCGAUGCUCCUUCUUUCGCCUCGGAUGUUCUCAGGCUAGAGUUGGUUGGAAACAUAAACCUUCAUUUGACUCUGGUUGAUCUCCCCGGAUUGAUAUCGGUUUCGGAGAAUGAUAAAGAUGUUGAAUUCGUGCGAGAGCUGGUAGAUCGCUAUCUGGAGAGCCCACGCACCAUAAUACUCGCUGUCAUACCAGCAAGUAGUGAUGCGGAGACUCAGCCUAUUAUUCAACGAGCACGGCAUUUCGACAAAGAUGGUACGCGAACGAUUGGAGUCAUCACCAAGCCCGAUCUCAUCAACAAGAAUACCGAGCAACGAGUCGCACGAUUGGCAAAGAAUCUGGAUCGUACCAAGUUUAAGCUUGGGUUUUUUCUGCUGAAGAAUCCUUCCCCGGACGACUUGGCGAAUGGAAUGACAUUCCAGGAGCGACGCCAGGCAGAGUUUAAAUUCUUCUCUAGAGCGCCCUGGAAGGCACAAAACCUUGAUCAAUCGAGGAUUGGAAUCGACAAUCUUCGAUCAUUCUUGGAAGACCUGCUAAGUCGGCACAUUGAGCAAUGUCUUCCUGAAGUUUUGAAAGACAUUCGACGUGUUCUAAAGGGUGCCGUUGACGAGACUUUUGAUCUUGGUACUGAAAGGUCAACCUCAAGUCAGAUUCGCGUGUUUCUGAUUCAGAUAAGCAUGGAAAUUCGUAACCUCAUCACAUAUGGCGUGGAAGGAAACUACGGUGGGCAUCAGGGGGACUUCUUCACAGAGACAAACUGUCGCCUUCGUGCCGCUGUUCAUAGAAAAAACGAGAGUUUUGCUCAAUACAUGGCAAAGCACGGUCAAUUGAGAAAAUUUGUUGCUGAUGAUGAUGCACCAUCUGAAAUAUCUGAAGAGGAACCUGAGGAACAAGUGAGAUUCAAAGACAACAGCGAGAAUGAACAGAUUUUCGUGACAGCAUUGCAAAUGUCAAGAUGGGUAAAAGAGAUGUAUCAUGAGUCGAGAGGUCAAGAAUUAUCUGGGAACUACAACCAUUCCCUGUUACAGAGAUUGUUCCUUAGUCAAUCAUCUCGCUGGCAUGAUAUAUCUCGACGUCACGUUCAAUCAAUCGUGGAUUUAGUGACGCAAUUUGUGAAGUCUGUGUUGAAGUCGGUGGUGAAGGACUCUGAAGUCCGCAGCAACCUGUGGAAGAGAAUAAUGAGCACUCUACAGGGGAACGUUAAAAAUGCGUACCAAGAACUCGCGAAACUUUUGCAGGAUGAACAGGGCCACCCAAUCACCUACAAUCAUUACUACACCGACAACGUCCAAAGAGAGCGACAAGACAGCGCAAAGAGGGAUAUGAAGAAUUCAGUUGAUGCAAUUUGUUCGGUCCUUCAAGACCGUGUGAAGAUCAAUAUGGUUGAUCGAGCCUGCUCAGAAGCAUUGAUUGAUCUGAACGCCUAUUACAAAGUUGCAAGGAAAUCUUUUGUUGACAAUAUUUGCCGCCAGGUUGUUGAAAGGCAUAUCCUCAAAACCUUGGUAAAUGUUUUUGACCCGACAACUGUGAGUGGUUACAGUGAUGAGGAACUUUUACAGUUGGCUGCCGAGACACCAGAAACUAUUCGUCGACGUACUAAAGUCCUUGAACUUCAAAGCGCGCUGGAGUCAAGUCUUAAAGAGCUUUCUAUCUAG